AUGCCUACCCUGCGGUCUUCCUCCUCCCUGCCCCAGAGCGCCUCUUCCCCAAGCGGUGUGUCCUCCCCGCUGCGGAGAGCAGUGCGAGGGGAACAGAGGGGCUUGCCUGCGUCUAGUCCAUCUGUCACCAUGCCCCGUGGUGACAGGGACUCGGACCACGCUCCCGAGGGGGAUAGUGAUUCUUUGUCAGCUGAUGAAGGCAGUGACUUUGAAGACAGCUUGAGACGCAGUAUGAAGAAGAGAGCAGCAAAACGACCGCUCAAAACAACCCCAGUGGCAAAACAUCCAAAGAAGGGGUCCCAAAUGGUGCGUCGUGGCCAGAAAGAGUCAGAGCCACAAGCCAGUGAUCUCUUUGAUGCUGUGAAAGCUGCCAAAAGUGACAUGCAGUCUUUGGUAGAUGAGUGGCUGGAUAGCUACAAGCAAGACCAGGAUGCAGGAUUCCUGGAGCUCAUUAACUUUUUCAUCCGAUCUUGUGGAUGUAAAGGCACUGUGACCCCAGAGAUGUUCAAGAAGAUGUCCAACUCGGAGAUCAUCCGGCACUUAACAGAACAGUUUAAUGAGGACUCAGGAGACUAUCCCCUGACAGCUCCAGGUCCAUCCUGGAAGAAGUUCCAGGGCAGCUUCUGUGAAUUUGUGAGGACAUUGGUCUUUCGGUGCCAAUAUGGCCUCCUCUAUGAUGGCUUCCCUAUGGACAACCUCAUCGCCCUGCUCACUGGCCUCUCAGACUCCCAAGUCCGUGCCUUCCGUCAUACUAGCACCCUGGCUGCCAUGACGCUAAUGACCUCCCUGGUAAGAGUUGCCCGCCAACUGAGUGUGCACAAAGACUACAAUCACCGUCAGUAUGAGGCUGAACGAAACAAGGGGCCAGGACAGAGAGCACCUGAGCGGCUGGAGAGCCUGUUGGAGAAACGCACAGAGCUUCAAGAACAUCAAGAGGAGAUUGAGGGGAUGAUGAAUGCCCUCUUCAGGGGAGUCUUUGUACAUCGGUACAGGGAUGUCCUUCCUGAGAUCCGUGCUAUCUGCAUCGAGGAGAUUGGGUCUUGGAUGCAAAGCUACAGUACCUCUUUUCUCACUGACAGCUAUUUAAAAUAUAUUGGCUGGACCCUGCAUGAUAAGCAUCGAGAAGUCCGUCUGAAGUGCCUGAAGGUUCUAAAAGGACUGUACAGCAACCAGGAAUUGACUGCACGCCUGGAGCUCUUUACUAGCCGCUUCAAGGACCGGAUGGUUUCCAUGGUCAUGGACCGCGAGUAUGAUGUGGCAGUGGAGGCCGUCAGGUUACUAACACUUAUCCUUAAGAACAUGGAAGGGGUGCUUACAGAUGCAGACUGUGAAAGCGUCUACCCUGUUGUAUAUGCCUCUAACCGAGCCCUGGCCUCUGCUGCAGGGGAAUUUCUGUACUGGAAGCUCUUCUACCCUGAGUGUGAGACAAGAAUGAUGGGUGGGAGAGAGCAACGCCGAAGCCCUGGUGCCCAGAGGACUUUCUUCCACCUUCUGCUGUCCUUCUUUGUGGAGAGUGAGCUCCAUGACCAUGCAGCUUACUUAGUAGACAGCCUGUGGGACUGUGCAGGGUCUCAGCUGAAGAACUGGGAGAGUCUGACAAGCCUUCUGCUGGAGAAGGACCAGAACCUGGGCGAUGUGCAGGAGAGCACGCUGAUAGAAAUCCUCGUGUCCAGUGUCCAGCAAGCUUCAGAGGGUCACCCACCUGUGGGGCGGGUCACUGGGAGAAAGGGCUUAACCCCUAAAGAACGUAAGAUCCAAGCCAAUGACAAAGUGAAGCUGACUGAGCACCUCAUCCCCCUGCUACCCCAGCUCCUGGCCAAGUUCUCAGCUGAUGCAGAGAAGGUUGCUCCCCUGCUCCAGCUUCUCAACUACUUUGACCUCAACAUCUACUGCACCAGGCGCUUGGAGAAGCACCUGGAGCUGUUCUUGCAGCAACUCCAGGAGGUGGUGGUGAAGCACGCAGAGCCAGCGGUGCUUGACGCUGGCGCUCACGCCCUCUAUCUGCUCUGUAAUCCUGAGUUCACUUUCUUCAGCCGGGUGGACUUUGCCCGCAGCCAGCUGGUAGAUCUGCUGACUGACCGCUUCCAGCAGGAACUUGAAGAGCUGCUGCAGUCAUCCUUCCUGGAUGAAGAUGAGGUAUAUAGUCUGGCAGCCACUCUGAAGCGCCUCUCUGCCUUCUACAAUGCUCAUGACCUAACUCGCUGGGAGCUCUAUGAGCCAUGCUACCGACUCCUCCGGAAGGCUGUGGACACAGGAGAGGUUCCUCACCAGGUGAUCCUGCCAGCCUUGACACUUGUUUAUUUUUCCAUUCUCUGGACACUAACCCACAUUUCUGGAUCAGGUGCUUCCCAGAAGCAGCUGUUGAGUUUGAAGGGCAGGAUGGUUGCCUUCUGCGAACUCUGCCAGAGUUGCCUCUCAGAUGUGGAUCCUGAAAUCCAGGAGCAGGCUUUUGUCUUAUUAAGUGAUCUGCUUCUCAUCUUCAGCCCUCAGAUGAUGGUAGGGGGACGUGAUUUCCUUAGGCCCCUUGUCUUUUUUCCUGAAGCCACUCUCCAGUCUGAGCUAGCCAGUUUCCUCAUGGACCAUGUCUUCAUCCAGCCUGGAGAACUGGGCAGUGGUCAUUCCCAGGAGGAUCAUUUAAAGAUAGAGCAGCUGCACCAGCGGCGCCGCCUCCUGGCUGGGUUCUGCAAGCUGUUGAUUUAUGGGGUGCUGGAGAUGGAUGCGGCCUCAGAUGUUUUCAAACACUACAACAAGUUCUACAAUGAUUAUGGUGACAUUAUCAAGGAAACAUUAACUAGAGCAAGGCAGAUUGACCGAAGUCAUUGUUCCCGAAUCCUGCUGCUGAGCCUCAAGCAGUUAUAUACAGAACUGCUGCAGGAACAGGGACCCCAGGGCUUGAAUGAGCUUCCAGCCUUCAGUGAGAUGAGGGACCUGGCCCGGAGGUUUGCCUUGAGCUUUGGACCCCAGCAGCUACAGAACCGUGACCUUAUGGUCAUGCUACACAAGGAAGGCAUCAAGUUCUCCUUGUCCGAGCUCCCUCCAGCUGGCUCCUCCAGUCAGCCCCCAAAUCUAGCAUUCCUGGAGCUCCUUUCAGAGUUUUCCCCCCGACUCUUCCAUCUGGACAAGCAGCUACUACUCUCCUACCUGGAAAAGUGUCUGCAGCAAGUCUCCCAGGCACCUGGCCAUCCUUGGGGUCCAGUCACCACCUACUGCCGCUCCCUCAGCCCUGUAGAGAACACAGCAGAGGCCAGCCUUCAGGGCUAUCCCCGCUCCAAGAAGAGGCGCAUUGAAGGCCCUUCCAGGCGACUCAGAGGGGACAUCUCUUCAUCCCAGGAGGAAAGCCUACAGCUGAACAGCAUCCCACCCACACCCACCCUCACCUCCACAGCUGUGAAGAGUAGGCAGCCCCUGGGAGGGUUGGAAGAGAUGGAGGAAGGCGGCUCAGAAUUGGAGUUUACCCAGGGCCAGCCCCUUUCAGGCACCCAGAGGUCAAAGUUCUCAAGCCCACAACAUUUCCAGACUCCACUCAACCCUUCAGGUCCUGGUCUGGGCAACCAGCUGACUCGACUCAGCCUUAUGGAAGAGGACGAAGAAGAGUUAGAAAUUCAGAAUGAGUCAAGUGAAGAAUGGCAAUAUACAAACAAGCACUCUUCCUCCAGUGAGCACGGGCGGGACCUCUUAGAUUCUACAGAGCUGAACGUUGAGGAUUUCUGACAUGACUCUGUGCCCCUCCUCAUCUCCACACUCCACCCCAGUGACAUGACCGCUUGGAAAAGGCAAACAGGAGAACAGAGCGAAAGGAACCAUUACUUCCAGGCCUCACCCUGGUCUCUGAGGGGAAGGGGAGGUGGGCUUUGCCUUUCUGAUGUAACCUUUCUCUGAUGAUGUUGGGAUAGAGAAGCCUGAAGCCCCCUGUCCUGCUUAAUGCACCAUGGCUCUGUCCCUCUAUGUUUGAGCAUACUGCCUAUUACCUGCUGUGUUUGGAGGGGUGGGGUCUUCACCUCAGUAUUAGAGAGGGGCACUGCCUCCCUAUGUUGAAUGGAAAUAGCCCAGAAGUUUUCCUGUAUUUUUGGAACAUCUUUCCAAGCCUCUUUUGUGCCCUAGUGAUUAGCUCAAUAAAUAUGUUUGA